CAACACUCUCUCAAGCUGCCUCAUCCAACCCCCUCACCCCUCUUCACCCCGCCCCUCAGAUACUUUCCCGUCGCCCUCAGACGGAAAGCAAACAUGGUGGUCCUCCCAGACCCCCCCACCGUUAAGGACGUCGAACAUGACCUGCUCAAAGACAAGGCCCACAAGAGGCAGCCAUUCAAUUAUCCCUUGAUCUCCUCUAGUACCGACAUGGUCGAUUUCAGCGUCUGGGACCACAUCUUCCUCACCUCCCUGGUGGGCGGCUUGACCAUUCAUCAGUUCGAGACCCCUCCAUCCAUGAUUCUUGAUUUGGGCUGUGGGUGUGGUUACUGGGAUAUCGAAAUGGCGCGCAAAUACCCUCGUUGCAUGGUCGUUGGCCUGGACAAACGCCACAUUCAACCAAAUCUUCAUCGGCUCCCCGACAUGGCCAGUAUCGCCAGUCGGGUGAUAUGGGACCAUGGCGAUUACUUGGACAAACUCAAUUAUGAUGCUUGCACGUUCGACAUGGUGCGAAUAUCCUAUGGUGCCUUGGGAGUUCCUGAAUUCGAAUGGCAAUUUCUGUUGGAGGAGGUGAAUCGCGUUCUUAAACCUGGCGGUGUCUUCGAGCUCUUGGAAGAUGAUCUCAUCUUUCCAGGCGGGCGCCCAGUCUCCAAACCGCAUCACCAACCGUCAUCACCUGAAGCUGAAACUUCAACACAAACAUUCAAAACGCGCAGUCGAAACUCGCUUCUCACAUAUGAUACCCGAUCAUCCUCCUUCAAGCCAAACACCUCAUCUGAAGGAUUAACCAAGAGCAAAUCUGGGAGUCAAGAUUCAUCUCAGUAUCAUUCACCAAUACCUUGGGACGAUGAGAACGUAGAGGACCCCCUCGACCACUCUAAACUGCUGGCAGCAUGGCAAGAAAUGCUCAACUCGCGCUGGCUGAAUGGACAGCUCACCUCCGUUGUCCCACUUUACCUCGCCACCAUCUUCCAAGAUUAUCGCGCCCUCCCCGCGCUUGAGGUUCUCUUGCCUCUUUCGGACACGCCCGUCGUGUCUGGCCGCAACUCCUUCCGUUGCAAAACAGAUGGCUCCACGCUAGAUCAGAUAAUCGAUCCUGCGCCGUUUCGGCAUCUGCGACCUGCGACCGUCAAGGAUGAACCGGACGCGUCCUCCAUCAGGUCCGACAAAGGUCCCUCACACCACCUUUCUGCGUCGGCACCGAUGCAUCUGGCCCGUGCGGUGCAGGUCGUGAAGGGGUGCAAGGAAGCAAUCUGGGAGGCAUAUGAGAGGCUCUAUGGGAAGGAUCCGGUCGUUAAGAUUGUCCGGGAACAUCCAAAGCGAAAUACGGCCAGGGACCAGUUCGAAUAUGCUUGGAUGAACUGGGAGAACGAUAUGGCAGAUCGGAUGGGGAUGCGCGAUGUGGUUCAGGCUUCGCUCGGUUGGUGUCCACCCCCCGAUGACCCCCCCGACUGGCGCAUCUGGCGCGAUCGCAUCUCUCGACAGCCUGAAAACAUCAGAUACAGCUCCGUAUCGUCGUCCUCAACUCGCUUCGACAUUUGCCGAUGUGUGCGCGGAUUUGUCGCCUGGAAACGGACUACAGACGAGGCUCCACCUGUUCCAGACAAAUCGGAAUACGUGUCGAAUCGCUCGUGACGAUUGCUCCGAAGCGCAAGCUCAAGGGUGUUGUCUUUAUAACAGUCUGUUUUCGAGGACUACGUACGAUUUAUACUAACUUAGUCUUCACUUCGCGUGCCCAUUCGCGUCUUUUCGCGCAUCUGGUACACACAUACAUAGAUCGACAUUGUCGCUGGCGCGCCAGUCUCGCUGGGAUCAUACGUUUUGAUACCCCAUCACACAUACCAUAUACCUGCAAUCUGAUUUUUUGGUACCAAUCAGGUUGACCUCAUAGUACUACGUUGACCACUCAUAUACAUUUUAGGCUUCAAUUGCAUCUUCUCUAGCAUGACUGAUAUUGAAUGAUGGAUCCCAUAAUAGCUCAC